AUGGUUGGUUCUUUUUCAUCUCCCGUUGAUCUCACACCAUACUCCCUCGAUAGGGAUUCGCCGCCGCGAAUUGUUGGUGCCGUGAUGCCAGUCGAUCAAGACGCGCGGGUUUACUUCACUCUAGUACCACCCACUCCGCCGCCCCGGGAAUGGCGCCACAGUAGUCUCAGCGCCAUUCUCGAAGCACCCACCGGCAAACCGGUGACGACGAUCGCCCACAACACUUCUGCCACGUCGGUGUACAUUUCGUGGAAACCGCCACCGCCGGAAACGAUACUGGGGGAAUUCCUUGGCUACCGGAUAACCUACCGCACGCGGGACAAAAGCCCCGAGGAUGACGCCAAGGAAAUCUACAUUCGCGACAGCACGGUUGAGAGCCAUGAAAUUCAUAACCUUGAAACCUACACCCAGUAUCUGGUGUCGAUACAGGUAUUCAACCCGGAAGGACUGGGCCCACCGACCACGGUGCUGGUAAUGACCGACGAGGGCGAUUACAUCAAAUCCUAA